AUGGUGCCCAGCACAUCUCUAUCGCCGAUGCAGUCAGCUCCGUCCUUGCCCGCAUCACCUUCAUCGGGUCCCCGAAAACGCUCAAUUCACGAGAUUGAUGAUGCCCACCUACCCUCACCAAACGGGAAGCGACCAUUGACUGAGUUUGCCGGCGAAGACCAAGAAAAUUGCGAUCCGUCUCUCCCCUCCCAACCUGACGACACUACCUCCCCACCAUUUUCCACCUCCCCCUCGGUUGAGAUCGUGAUGAGAAGGACACCGCGCAAGCAAAAUGAAGCUGAUGACGGGGGAUCAACAUCUCCAGGCACCAAUGCCACUUCUAAUCCUGAUCCCGAUGCCCCGGCCCCUAAGAAGCGCAAGGUAGUCUCUGCUGGCACAGAUUCCAAGCAAAAAGAAAAGGAAGCCAAAGAGCGCCAGAAGGCCGAGGAGAAAGCGAAAAGGGAGGAAGAGAAGGCGAAGAAAGAAGAGGAGAAAGCCAAGAGAGAAGAAGAGAGACGCAUCAAGGCAGAGGAGAAAAAGAAGCGCGACGCUGAACGUGAUGAAGAGAAACGGCACAGGGAAGAAGAAAGACGUAAGAAAGAAGCCCAACGUGAGGAGGAGCGGAAGCAGCGCGAUGAAAAGAAGAAAGCCAAGGAAGACGAAAAGGCUGCCAGGGAAGAAGAGAAGCGUAAAAAGGACGAGGAGAAGGAGAAGAAAAUUCGUUCCCAAAUGAAAUUAAACUCCUUCUUCGCGAAACCACCUGUACCUUCGGCUUCCUCGUCAGCAGGACAGACUAUCAGCGCUCCCUCGCCGAAGAAGGCAUCUACCACCGGCGAGUCCUCUUGCGAAACUCAUGGCGUGCAGUCAGAAUAUGAGCGAGAGUUUCCCGCAUUUUUUUUGCAGUCUCAUACAAGCGUAGCACCUCCCCAUCGGUUCGAGCGUGACUCCGAUGCGCUCAAGCAUGUACGAGAAACCAUCGAUACAUGCCUACGCAACGAAACUACAUUCCAGACGCAUCCAUUCCGUCCGUCAGAAGUCUUCCAGAUAAUCCCCUUCCGUCGUGGGCGUCAACCAAUCUCAAUCAAGGACAUACUGCUGCAACUACAAAUAUCUGACGAUUCAACCCAAUCUACUCAAAACCAAAGCGCAAUACCGACUCUAAAACCACAAGAGCUUCUACGCAAGGUCCCGAUGAAAUCUCUCAAGUUUGGCGAGGACAUCCGCCCUCCCUAUCAGGGAACUUAUACCCGCCAUGUGUCCGAAUUAUCCAUGAGAAGACUUGCGCGGAAUCCCUAUCACCGAGGGCUGCCGGAUACCGAUUAUGAUUAUGAUUCCGAGGCAGAAUGGGAGGAACCCGAGGAAGGUGAAGAGCUGGACUCUGAAGAAGAAGAUGAAGGCAGUGAUGAGGGCGAAGAUGAUCUUGAAGGUUUCCUGGAUGACGAGGAUGAUGUCCUUGCCGGGGGCAAACGUCGUCUUAUUGUUGGUGAUUUAGAGCCUGUCUCUACCGGAAUCAAGUGGGCUGGCAAUGGAGUCGACCCUGAAAUGGAGGCCUAUCGGAUGGAGACUAUAUCUGAUGCGGUCAAGUUCCCCAUCGACCCGUUCUCGACUGCAUACUGGGAGAAACCUAAGCCCAAGCCCGUGGAUCAAGUACCUGCGAAAGCGCGACCCGUGACAGCCAUAGACGGCUUCCUUGUUCCUGCAGUCCCUGGAGCACCGGCGACGGGCAGUGCUUUACCUCCCACAUCGAAAGCGAAACGGCCAUUCCCGCCAGAUCAACUUGCUGAUUUCAAGGAAGCAGUUGAAGGCAGUGAUCUCAGUAAGAUUGGGUUGGUCGAAAUCUUGAAGAAACGAUUCCCCAAGGUGUCCAAGGAUACACUCAAAGCCACCCUUGACCAGGUUGCUGCUCGUGUCGGACAAAAAGAAGUUGACAAGAAAUGGGUUUGCCGGUGA